AUGGAGGACCGUCUCAAUUUCAUCGUUUUGUUACUUCUGCUGGGACUGUUUAAAGGUGUUUCAGCCGUCAUUGAUUUCACCUGUAUCACCAAGCCCCGUAUCGAUAUCGACAGUGAAGACACCUACAUCGCUGCCUAUCUACAUGGCAGUGAUGCUGCGCUGUCCUUUGCUCGAACAACCUACACGUACACAAGCGUCGAUAACAUAAAGGACCAGUUAGGGCUACCUUCAGACCACGAUUUGGAGCCACACUCGUCAUCAGAGGGAGAUAAGAUAUCUAUUCUUCGAUUGCCAGCGGCUGGAGGGAAGACUAGGAUUGGGUUCUUUGCCUGCCGAGCAAAUCAGGAAACUCACAGCAUUGGUACCCUCAUCAUGAACAGAAACGCUGACUUUCUCCCUACCCGAGUGAGUCAUACGGUAAACAGGGGAGAUGCUGUCAAUCUGACCGUCACUGCAACGGACCAAACCCGUACCAAAACAAAAUGGAGAAAAGACUCAAGUGACCCCAUCAAAGGACGAGACAAAUUGUUUUUCAGUUUUACAAAUGCUCAAGUCCGUGACAGCAGAAAUUAUGAGGUCCAUUUCGCCGGGCAGCGCAGUACCGGAAAACAGGCACUUAUGCGUUUGAUUGUCAGAGCUUGCCUAGAGAAAAAAUGGAAUUCGCACUCAUGCAGUGCAGAUUGUCCAGUCUGUUUCAAUGGCGGAGUGUGUGACGACCAGAGCGGAGACUGCAUUUGCCCGCCUGGAUUUAGUGGCGAUUUCUGCGAAACUCCUGAGGGACCCAACCGUUUUGGCCAAUCAGGAAGUUUUCGUUGCGACUCACCUGAGUUAGGGGAAGGUCCUACGUGUGCAGGGAUGCUGUUCUGUUUACCAGAUCCUUAUGGCUGCUCGUGUGCUUCAGGGUACCAAGGAAUCGACUGUGAUGACUCGUGUGGCGAUGGUUUCUACGGAGCAGACUGUGCACAGACCUGUCACUGCAUGGACGGGGCCGCGUGCAAUAUAACUACGGGCGAGUGUCCCGAGGACUGUGCGCCAGGAUUCGCGGGUAUCAACUGUCAGGUCAAGUUAACCGUAGAUGAUUUCACCUGUGUCACCAAGCCCCGUAUUGACAUCGACAGUGGAGACAGCUACAUCGCAGCCUAUCUACAUGGCGGUAAUGCCAACCUGUCCUUCGCUCGAACGACGUUCACAUAUACAGGAAGUGAAAGUCCCAAUCCCCCUGUACCCCCAGCGACGUUACAGUUACCUAACAACUCUGUGGGAACAACCUCAUCAUCUGCGGGAAAUAAGAUCUCUGUUCUCCGAUUGCCAGCGGCAGGGGGGAAGACUAGGAUUGGGGCUUUCGCUUGCAGAGCAACGGCAGCGGGAACUGAUCCAUACAACAUUGGUACCGUCAUCAUGAGCAGUAAGGCUGACUAUCUUCCCACUCAAGUGAGUCAGACAGUACACCGGGGAGGUGCAGUCACUCUGACCGUCACUGCAACAAACCCAGCCCGUACCGACACUCGAUGGAGAAAGGAUGGCAGUGGAGUCAUCCUGAACAGAAGCGACAGUCUGUACUUUGAUUUCAUCAACACCAAUGUCUUAGACACUGGGAUCUACGAGGUACACUCUGCCGGGAAACGUAAUCAUGGAAACCAGGCACUCAUGCGGUUGAUUGUCAGAGGUUGCGGAAGAAAUAUUUGGAAUGCUCCCUCUUGUGACAGUGAUUGUCCAGUCUGUUUGAAUGGCGGUAUUUGUGAUGACCGGAGCGGCGUCUGCAUCUGUCCACCUGGUUUUGGUGACAGAUUCUGCGAAAUAUUUUUAGGACGAAACCACUUUGGUCAAUCGGGAAGUUUUCGCUGCGACUCACCUGAGUUAGGAGGCGGUCCUACGUGUGCAGGGAUGCUGUUCUGUUUACCAGAUCCUUAUGGCUGCUCGUGUGCUGCAGGGUACCAAGGAAUCGAUUGCAAUGAAACUUGUGGGGAUAAUACUUACGGAGCAGACUGUGCACAGACAUGCCACUGCAAGGACGGGGUCGCGUGCGACAAAUCUACGGGCGAGUGUCAAGGGGACCAGGACUGCGCGCCUGGAUUCACGGGCAUCAACUGUCAAGAAAAGUGUCUCCCAUCAAGAGAAAGCAGCUCAUCAUGCGACAAAACCUGCACUUCGCCUCCAGUUCCACUUCCUGUCAGUGAACUCGCUGUGGCAGGCACCUAUAUUGAUAAGUUGUUUGUAUCAUGGAGAGCCAGUACAAGUCCGGAAAACCCUUGUCGAUCAGAGGACUAUCUCGUGACGUAUGAACUCCUCAGUCGUGACCAAUUACCGUUAGUCGCUCCGGAAGUCCACUCGAUUGAUCCAGCCCCCGACAGCAUCAUGUUCAACUGGUACCCCAUCCCUUGUGGCAGUACACGUGGCAACAUCACGUCGUAUGAAACACGUCUGACCUCACCAGGAAGAGAGAUUAACACUAAGACUGUCACAACCGAGUCUGUGACUUUUCAUGGCUUGUCGCCGUGUUCUCUCUACACCCUACGAGUGUGGCCUCGUACCAAAGCCGGAAGAGGUCCACCAGUGGAAGUGCAACAAGGAACGGACACUAUUGAGCCACUUCCUGUCAGUGAACUCGCUGUGGCAGGUACCUCUAUUGAUAAGUUGCUUGUAUCAUGGAGAGCCAGUACAAGUCCGGAAAAUCCUUGUCGAUCAGAGGACUAUCUCGUGACGUAUGAACUCCUCAGUCGUGACCAAUUUCCGUUAGUUGCUCCGGAAGUCCACUCGAGUGAUCCAGCCUCCGACAGCAUCAUGUUCAACUGGAACUCCAUCCCUUGUGGCAGUACACGUGGCAACAUAACGUCGUAUGAAACACGUCUGACGUCAUCAGGAAGAGUGAUUGGCAGUAAGAAUGUCACAACCGAGUUUGUGACAUUUGAUGGCUUGUCGCCGUGUUCUCUCUACACCCUACGAGUGUGGCCUCAUACCAAAGCCGGAAGAGGUCCACCUAUGGUAGAGCACCAAAGAACAGACACUAUUGUUCCAGAUGCUGUUGGAGAAUUGUCUAUCAAAGCCGUUCGUCAUGAGCAACUAAAUGUUAAUUGGAAAGCCUCGACAAACCGUGACACCUCUUGCCCCGCAACUGAAUACCUUGUGACAUAUGAACUCAUCAACCUAGAGCAGUGUCAGGAGAUGCAGGGAAACAUCCAGACUAGAAACACGUCUACGACUGCAAUCAGUUUACAAGGAUUAAAGGCGUACUCUAAAUACAACGUGACUGUCACACCAAGAAAUGAAGCAGGGUUAGGCCAGCCACUCUCCAAACAAAAGCGAACUCGAUGGACAGCAACAACAGCAACACCUGUUAAUAUUACUAUUGUCGCAACGCCUGACAGCAUCUCAUUUGCAUGGGAUCCCGUCCCAUGUGGAAGGAGAGGCGAGCCGCUCAGAGGAUACGGGUAUCAGCUCAGAAAGGACGGGAAUAAGGAAACUAUCAGAAGCAGAAACAUCAGUGCUGAUUCCGUAACAUUCUAUCCAUUAUCUGCGUUUCCAGACGCAGUUGAAGGACUAACAAUCACACCUCUUGGCCAUGAUCGACUGGGCGUACAAUGGAAUGCCUCGUCAAAUACAAACAACGAUUGCCAUGCAACUGACUACCACGUGACCUAUGAACUCAUCAACUUGGAGCAGUGCCAAGAGGCGCCGGAUCACGAUGUUAGCGCGACGAACGUGACUGUGACCAACAUCACGAUCAAUGGACUUCAUGCGUACUCGUCGUACAAUGUGACGGUGACACCACGAAACGAGGCUGAGUACGGUCCGAUGCUGUAUCAAACAGUUCAAACUGGAGAAAAGAAACCAACGGGAACUCCGAUACUUGGCGAGAGCACCGCAUCGUCUGACAAUAUUACUUUCACCUGGUCCCAAGUUCCUUGUGGCGGUAGAGGAGGUAAUAUUACGAAGUACCGGUACAAGUUGAUGAAGAGAGGCAACGCAACUGCAAUAGAAAAAGAAGACACUACUGCAACGUCCGUCACAUUUCGCGACUUAUCACCUUGUACAUCGUACGCAUUCAGAGUCCGCGCAUUCAAUGGUGAAAGAAAGGGACCUUGGACUAAUGAGUCCUACCAAGACACAGUUGUAAUAGAUGAAAUACAAGACCUCAACCUGGACGCCUCAGUAAAUGAAAUCAAGGCCUCUUGGACAACUGCUGGUAACGAGGACAACCCGUGCCCUGUGACCUCGUACCGCGUGAGUUACCAACUUCUCAACUUGGAGCAGUGCCAACCACAGAUCGAUCCAGCGCUGACAAGUGCGACAGUUCAAAAUGGCAGUGACAAGGAUAUUACAUCAAUGCAUGCUUACUCUACGUACAGUGUGCAAGUCGUACCAGCAAACAAUGCUGGCGCGAAAUACAUGAAGAACAAGACAGUUACGACUGACGAGGGAGUACCAUUGGCUGCUCCGGUACUCAACAACAUGCUCCCAUCCAGUCAGAACGUUCGAGUGUCAUGGCAUCCCAUUCCCUGCGGCAAACGAGGCGGUAACAUCACAGGCUACACGUACGAGCUGCGUGACGCAUCGGGGUCCAUGAUACAAACAGCCGACACCACGGCAGAGUCUGUUGAAGUCGAUGGUCUGUCACAGGGGGCGUCCUACUCCUUUAGGCUGUGGGCGUCUACGCAUGUAGGGCCGGGACCCUGGAGGGAAGAUGAUUUUGAGAUUCCCAAAGAUGCUGCUGCUCCGCCUACUCCGCCUGGGAGUAGUCCUGCGGGCUCAGUUUUGGGCGUGGUCGUCUUUAUCUUGGUAGUUGCGGUUCUUGCUCUCCUGAUAGUUGUCGUAGUCAAGAAACGACGAAAGCAGAGGACCAAUGCACUGAGCAAGGACAGCACUGGCGAUGGUGUCCAGGAUAUUUAUGGGAAAGGAGACCAAGGUGGAGUUGAGCUGAAGAAUCUGCCAUCUACGUCUGGUUACAAGCCAUACGCUACAAAGGGUCAUGAACCAGUGGUGUCAUCUACUAAUCCACCAAAGUCAACCGAUCAAGUAGCUGUUGAUGUGUUGCCAAAAGCAGGACCAUCCACUGAUUCAGCAUCAGCAUCUGGUCCAUCCACAUCCACUAAGGCUCCCGUGAAGCCCAAGCCGUACGUCAAUCCUGCCUCCAAGCCCAAGCUGAAGGCUUCGGCAAAGGCAUCCCCGAGUUUCCCCCAAGCCGGCCCAGUUGCCAUGGCUCACCUGGCUGAAUACAUCAAGAGUAGAACAGCCGGGAAGAUCAAUGGAUUCCAACAAGACUAUGAAUCGAUUCCUGGUGAACCAAUCCACCCUUGGAAUGUGGCCAAACAGGAUCACAACAAGAAGAACAACAGAUACAAUAACAUCCUGGCCUAUGACCAUUCUCGCGUGGUCUUGGAGUGUCUUGAGGAUAACCCACACUCAGACUACAUCAAUGCCUCCUACAUCAAUGGAUACAAGCAAGAUUACAAGUACAUUGCCAGUCAAGGUCCUACCAAGGCAUCAGUGAAGGACAUGUGGCGCAUGGUGUGGCAAGAGCGAGUGGGCAAGAUCGUCAUGCUGACGAACCUGAUCGAACAUGGCAAGGGGAAAUGCGAGCAGUACUGGCCCGAUGGCAGUUCCGACUACGGAGAACUGUUUGUCCGGAAAGUGGACGAAACAAAACACUCUAAUUGCAUUGUGAGGACUUUCCACGUGUCAAAGAGCACUGAGCCCGAGGGUGAGUACCGUGAGUUAACCCAGUUCCAUUACACCACCUGGCCAGACAUGAAACCACCAGAGUCAUCUCCGCUACUUCAGUUUGUAAGAAGGGUCCGAGCAGCAGACGCUUCACAACAUGGACCUAUGGUUGUCCACUGCAGUGCUGGAGUUGGCCGCACAGGAACCUUCAUCACUCUGGACUCCAUGCUUGAGAUGGCGGAGGCAGAGGGCCAAGUCGAUGUCUUGAAGUUUGUACGUGAUAUGAGGGAUCAGCGCUUCCUUAUGGUGCAAACUCUGGAUCAAUACAAGUUCAUCUUCGAUGCUCUGUUGGAGUCAAGUCUGUUAGAGAACACGGCCAUCAGCGCUGAUUGCUUCCAUCAGAGCUACGCUAAACUCAAGAAACGGGACAAGAAGACAGGGACUACUGGCAUUGAGGCGCAGUUCCAGAUGUUGGAGUCAUUCACUGCCUCACCGAGCGAGGAGCAGUGUAUGGGAGGGAGAAGCGCCGCCAACGUUGAUAAGAACAGAUUCAAAGAAUGCAUUCCAAAAGACAGCACCCGACCGUAUCUGAUGACAAAAGGUGACGAAAGAAGUACCAACUACAUCAAUGCUACAUUCCUGGAUGGUUAUAACAGUAAGCAUGCCUACCUAGCCACCCAGGCACCUCUGCCUAACACACGGGGUGAUAUGUGGAGGAUGGUGUUUGACUACAAAGCAUCUUGCAUUGUCAUGCUCAAUUCCAUGGACAAUGACCCGAGCGUUGUCCAGUAUUGGCCAGAGAAGGACAGUUUGGAGUUCGGACCCCUUACCGUUACACUGACGAAUGAGGACCGGUAUAGCGAGGACAUUAUCAUACGGCAGUUUGAUGUUAGCUAUCCCGCUAGGAAGAAUGACGAGGUUCAGAGCGUCUGUCAGAUCCAAUACCUGGGAUGGCCCCCAGGGAAGGAGGUUCCAAGAUCCCCAUCUAGUCUCCUUAAGGUGCUGGAGGCUGUUAAGAUGUGGACGACCGACCACCCUGAUGGACCCAUCACUGUCCACUGCAUUGACGGUGUUGGAUGCAGCGGAACCUUCUGCGCCAUACUCACACUCCUGGACCAACUGGCAGUGGAGAAAGACGUAGACGUCUUCCAAGCCAUCAAGAAACUCCGCAUCACCCGGGCUGGGAUGGUCAACACUUUGGCUCAGUACCAACUGUGCUACCAGGUGAUCCAAACCUACUUGGAUUCCGGCUCAAUCUACGAGAACUAUUGAUACACCAGUGUGGAACAAGUUAUUUAACAUCAUAAAUGUCAGAUUUGCAUGUCCAUUAAUUUGUAACUGAUACCUAAAGUUUUCGUAACGUCAGAGAGGAUUUUUAAAAGGUAGGUUUCGCUUCUACCUCGGUAUGAAAUCUAGUUUCAAUUCUAGCUCAGCAAAUUUCUAUUCGUCUUGGGGCCAGGCUACUAGCCUUUUUGUUCCUAUCUCGCUGACUGACUUUCUGACUGACUGACAAGACUGUUUGCUGUACGGAGCGCUGGGCAGUGUUAUCGUAUAGGAUUACCCCGUAAUGUGCUAAAUCUGGGUCAUUGUGUAGACCAGGGCCCAAUUUCACGGCGCUGCUUAAAAGCACAAAAAU